AUAUUCACCUCACCCACUGUACGUGCUUCGUGGAUACUUCUUCCUAUCAACAAACGCUAGCUUCUUCAGCUUCAAACAAAACCGUGUUAAAAACAGUGCCUACCCAAAUCUGUGAUUCUUUCCAUUCCAGUUGAAAAGUGCAAUAUGGAGCCUUGUCCACUGCAGAAGGAAAUCCAAACUACAAAUGACACGAUAGCAGCUUUGCGCGAACGCGUUCGAAGAAUGGAAAGGAACUUGAACGAUCCUACCCUGCCCGAAGAACGAAGACGCGAAUUAUCACUCGAGCUGAAGGAAAUCGCAAAACUGCUGGAAACGAAUGAAGAGCAGUUGAAAAAGAUGCACAAGGAAAAUUCCAAGUCAUUCGCAGUAGCUGCCUGUUUGUUCUUCAUCUGUUUUCUGGUCUACGGGCUGUACGUGCUUGUGAACGGAGUAUGACUGAUUCGUCGGAAAUACACAGCACCAUUAAACGAAA